AUGGGAGAAGAAGUGAAAAUGAGUGAAUACGAAAUGAUCGGUGAAGCUAACGUCAACGGAGACGAUGAAAGAAUUACAGUGUGGGAGAUAGGAUUACCUACACCUGAUGAUCUCACUCCUUUAUCACAGCCGUUGAUUCCGCCUGAACUUGCUUCAGCCUUCAGUAUCUGCCCUGAACCUCACCGUACUCCACUCGAUGUCAACCGCGCUUCUCAGACCACUCUCUCCAAUCUCCGCGGUCAAUUAAACGCCUUAUCGUCUAACAACUUCAAGUCCUUCAACGAAACGACUGGUCAAACACACGACCCUAUGGUAGUCGAAUUAGACGAGGAUGAUAAUAAAACCGGAGCGGUGGAUCGGGACGGGUCCGGAUCCGAAGCGAGGAAGUUGAGGAGGAUUGAUUCUGAAGAGGCGGAUUCAGCUUUAAGGACUGAGAACUCUCUGGAUGACCCGUCGUCUGCGGCGGCGAGGACUUUGAAGCGGCCACGGCUGGUGUGGACCCCGCAGUUGCAUAAGAGGUUUGUUGAUGUGGUCGGGCACUUAGGAAUUAAAAACGCGGUUCCCAAAACGAUUAUGCAGUUGAUGAAUGUUGAAGGUUUGACUCGCGAGAAUGUAGCUAGUCAUUUGCAGAAGUACCGGCUUUAUCUGAAGAGGAUGCAGGGGUUGUCGAAUGAAGGACCUUCUGCUUCUGAUCAGUUGUUUGCGUCCACUCCUGUGCCGCAGAGUUUGCAGGAGAGUGGCGGCGGCGGCGGAUGUGGCGGUGGCGGUGGCGGUGGGAGUGGAAAUGGGAAUUUCGGAAUGCCAGUUCCGGUGCCUUAUCAUCUUCCCGCCACUGCGGGCGGGAUGAUGCCAAUGCCGGUUUUUGGACAUAUGGGGAUGCAAAUGGGGAGUAAUAAUGGUCAUAAUAAUAAUAAUAAUCACCAGCAUCAGCAAGCUAAUAUUAAGAGUCAUCAAAAUGGUUAUAAUGGAAAUGUUGCAUAUGGUCAUAUGUUUCAGCAGAGAGAUUGGACUGGGAAUCAUUAUGGUUCAUACUCGCAUCAUCCUCAUCAAGUUGCACCUAGUGAUAACAUGUGA